AUGGGCAGCACUCUUCGAUCAGUCGCUAUCGAUGCACUCUUGUGAUAACAACACGCGAAUUCUGCCGCCGUAAUUCUGUGAUUAAAAACAAAUUAGCCGGAGUUAUAACUCCCAAUCCGGUUAAUAAGCAAGUGCAGUCCCUCCCCCAUCAAGAAGCAAUGUUGGCAAACCUGCAACGCGGCAGCGGCCACCUGUUGCGUCACAGCGUGCAAGGCGCUCGAUUUUUGAGACGCCACUGGGCAAGUACCGCAAGCGCAAAGGACUCGCAGGACGAUAGGCUGACAAUCGGAGAUGUGAGUGUGCGCCUGACCAAACCGAAGCAUCCGCAACUAGUGCCGCAACAAUAUGUCAACUACGGACCCGAUGGCACUCUGCAGCUCACUCAAUCCGCCCUGCAUCACCUGCGCUGGAUGCUGCAAAAGGAUGCCUUGCGCCAGGACAUGUUUCUGCUGGGACCGCCAGGACCUCUCCGUCGCCAGCUAGCCAUGCAGUUCCUGGAGCUUACGCAGCGUGAGGUGGAGUAUGUGGCUCUCAGCCGGGACACCACGGAAAGCGACCUGAAGCAGCGACGCGAAAUCCACAAUCGAGAGGCGGUUUAUCACGACCAAGGAGCCGUGCGUGCUGCCCUGAAUGGUCGUGUUCUGGUCCUGGAUGGCGUGGAGCACGCCGAGAGGAAUGUGCUGCCCAUUUUGAACAAUCUGCUGGAGAAUCGUGAAAUGCACUUGGAAAGCGGCAAGUUUUUGAUGUCCCCGGAACGGUACGAUAAGCUUUUAGAGAAACACACCCGCCAGCAGCUCGACGAGUGGGGCCUGCUGCGCGUCUCCGAGCAGUUCCGCGUUGUGGCCCUGGGUCUGCCCACCCACAAGUAUAAGGGAACUCCUUUGGAUCCACCACUGCGUUCGCGCUUCCAGUCCCGCAACGUAACGUCGUAUGCCUAUGGUGAACUCUUCGAGGAACUGCAUCAGCAGGCGCCCCUAGUGCCCAAGGAGCAGCUGAAGCAAUUACUUACCUUUGCAUUAACGCUGCAGGGGGCGGAUCCGGUCCUGCAGCUUCCAGAUUUUCCGCUACACAACCUCGGCUUGGCAGUGAAGAUGUUGGAAGCCAAUCCCCUGCUGAGCAUCCACGAUGUGAUAAGUCGCACAUAUCCGUAUCAGGCCAUGCUGAAGGUCGACCAACGCAAACGUGUGGAGGAGCUGCUCAAGAAAUUGGACAUCCAACUGAUUCCCAGCCAAAGUAUUAAGAGUAUUAGGAGCAGUAGCAACCCAAGCGCGAAUCCUGGCAGCAUACUCCUUCAGCUGGAUGACCUGAAACUAAAUGUACCUGGUGGAAAGAUUUCCGCACCUGUGGCAACCAAUUUCGUGGACUUGCCACAUCAACGUCAGGCCCUGGCGAGCCUGCUGCAGGCCUAUGCUGUGGGAGAUGUCUGCCUGUUGGGCGAGAAGGGUGUCGGGAAGCUGGCACUCACCAAGGAGCUCCUCCGACUUCUCCAGCAAACGUCGGAACCCAUGAUGCUCUAUGAGGAUAUGACCAGUCGGGACUUAGUGCAGCAACGCAUCACCAGUCCCCAGGGGGACACCAUUUGGCGAGACUCCCCACUGGUAAGGGCAGCCAAAACCGGAUCCGUGGCUGUACUAAAUGGACUGCAUCGCCUCCACAAGAGCACGGCGAGUGUGCUUCAAAGACUCAUUCACGACCGGGAACUGCAGCUAUGCGAUGGCACCACAUUGCUGAGUGCCAACCGCUACCAGGCUCUCAUCCAGCAAGGAUUAACUGCGGAACAGCUCACCCAAAUGAGUUUCCUGCCAAUGCACGAGUCCUUCCGCAUUGUGGCCUUAGCGGAGCCACCACGCCCUGGCGGCGGACAACCCAAUUGGCUGACUCCGGAGUUGCUUAGCCUGUUUCUGUACCAGGAACUGCGUCCUCUGCGCCAGAUUGAGGAGCAGGAGCUGCUGACCCAGCUAUGUGGAGGAGUCCUACCCGCUGGCAUGAACCCGCUACUGGAGCUGGCCCAAGUGCUGCGCACCUCGCAGGAUCCCCUGCUCCAAGGACUGGCUGGAACCUUGUCUACCAGGCAACUGCUCAAGCUGGCCCGCCGAUUGGCUGCUUAUCCAAACAGCGAACUGAGUGAUGUCCACGAAAUGCUGCAGAAUACAUUCCUAGCCAGGUUCAUGCCGGCUCUGUCGCGCAGUGCCCUGGAACAGGCCAUCCACCAGGUGGGCAUACAAGCCAGACCGGAAAAGAGACUCAGGAGCAAUCAGAACCAAAUAGAGAUUAAGGAUAACUCCUUGAGGAUCGGCUCUACCAGCUGGCCACUGGGCAGCCCGAGCCAGGCGCAGCUCUCCAAAGUGCCCAGCACCUUGUUCUACGAGAUGCCCCAGCAUGUGCAGUUGUUGGAGCGCCUGCUGCAGGAUUACCUUAUCGGCGAACAUCUUCUCCUGGUCGGAAACCAGGGAGUCGGCAAGAACAAGCUUGUGGAUCGCCUACUGGAAUUGAUGCAACGACCCCGGGAGUACAUCCAGCUGCAUCGGGACACAACUGUGCACAGUUUGACGCUUCAGGCCACCCUGAAGGACGGACAGGUAUCGUACGAGGACAGCGCCCUGGUCCAGGCCGUGCGCUCGGGGCAUGUCCUGGUAGUGGACGAAGCCGACAAGGCUCCAGUGAACGUGACCUGCAUCCUGCGCACCCUUGUGGAGAGCGGCGAGAUGGUUCUGGCCGAUGGAAGGAGGAUUGUGCCGCCGGGAGCCGGUGGUCAAGUGCCCAAUUCCAUUGAAACUCAUCCGGAUUUCAGGCUCAUUGUUUUGGCCAAUCGUCCUGGGUUCCCCUUCCUUGGCAACGACUUCUUUGCCGCCUUGGGCGAUGUCUUCAGUUGCCAUGCCAUCAGUAAUCCGGAUCCCGAUUCGGAGAUCUACCUACUCCAGCAGUACGGACCGAAGGUGCCCAUCCAGACGCUGCGGACCUUGGUGAAUGCCUUUGGAGAGCUGCGAACACUGGCGGACGAAGGCAUGUUGAACUACCCGUACUCCACUCGGGAGGUGGUGAGCAUUGUGAAGCACUUGGAGCGCUAUCCGGACGAGAACAUGUCGGAGGUGGUCGGAAAUGUACUGGACUUCGAUCGCUAUCAGCCGGAGGCACUGCAGCAGGUCAACCAGGUGCUUGCAAAGCACGGAAUCGAGUCCUAUGCUGAGGAGGAAAUCCAGGCCAUACGCAAGAAAAAAGUCCUGCAGGCGUCCGUAAAUCGGCACAGUGGCUUGGGCGUUUCCGGACCAAAAUUCGGCAAGCUGGACCCCAAAAACGAACCGCAUGUGGGCGGCAACACUUGGGCCGGUGGCAGCGGCGGCCGGGACACCGCCGGUUUAGGCGGCAAAGGUGGACCCUUUCGUUUGGACAAGGGCCAUGUUGUACAUCAGCUGAGCGACAAGGAGAAGGCCGAUGUGCCGGAGGAGAUUAAGAAGGCGGCACGCGAAAUGAACCGCAAGGCGUUCGAGGAGAAGCUCAAGGAGAUCAAGAUGUCGGCCCACGACCACAAGGUGUAUGCCCAGUUCAGCGAGCCGAAUCGUAAGCAGGUGCAGCAGCUGAAGGCGGUACUGGAAGCGAUGCAGACGAAGAGCAAGGAGCGCCAGUGGCAGAAGUACCAGACGCACGGCGACCUGGACGACACACGACUGGUGGAGGGCAUUACUGGGGAGAAGAACAUCUACCGCCGACGGGCGGAGGCGAAUCCCUGGGCGGAUCAUGUCCAGGAAAAGCCCAACAGGCUAAAGCUGGUGGUGGAUGUAUCCGGUUCGAUGUACAGGUUCAAUGGCUACGAUGGACGGCUGGACCGUCAGCUCGAGGCCGUGGUCAUGGUGAUGGAAGCCUUCGAGGGAUUCGAAAAGAAAAUAGUCUACGAUGUGGUCGGCCACAGCGGAGAGGGCUGGGAGAUUCCGUUCGUUCCCGCUGGUAGUCCGCCGAAGAAUGACAAGGAACGCUUUGAGGCCAUCCGGAUGAUGCACGCCCAUUCCCAGUUCUGCUGGUCCGGUGAUUCAACAGUAAAGGCGGCCCGGGAGGCCUGCUCUACGCUGGGAGCGGAACAGGACUACGACAACGCCAUCGUGGUGGUGCUGAGUGAUGCGAACCUCUCCCGUUAUGGCAUCGCUCCAAAGGAUCUGGCCGUUGCCCUGAAACGUGGCGAGCCCAAAGUCAAGGGCUAUGUGAUCUUCAUUGGCAGCCUGGAAGAGGAGGCGGAUGAAAUCAACGCGUCGAUGCCGGCAGGACAGAGCUUCGUUUGCAUGGACCUCACCAAGCUACCUCACAUUCUGCAGCAGAUCUUCACAUCCUCCCUGCUGUAGUGACCUCUGUGCAAUUCAAGGAUCCCGAUAUUCCUGCGCAUCGGAUUAGCUAUAAGUAAAUGUUGAUCCAAUUUGUUAAUUAUUUCAAUUGUAGUUUAUUUUUUAUCUGUGCCUGUAUUGAGUCUGAAUUUAAAUUUAAAAUCAAAUUGUAAAUAACAAAAUUAGGUUACUGUAUGGA